AUGGAAGCAGCGUUGAGGGUGGAAAUGCUCUCCAAAGGCGGCUUAACGGAGGUACCUUCCCAGUACAUUCAGCCACCGGAUGCUCGGCCUAAUCUCGCUGACGGCGCCGGCGAUGCUACUGCAGUCCCAACCAUCAGCCUCUCCAGCUCCGAUUCGGCGAGGGAAGCCAUCGGUCGUGCUUGCCGCGACUGGGGAGCCUUCCACGUCGUCGACCAUGGCGUCCCCAUCCAUCUCCUGGAUCGGAUGAGGUCUAUAGGCCUCUCCUUCUUCCAGGAUUGUCCCAUGGAAGAGAAGCUCCACUACGCCUGCGACUCCAGCUCCGCCGCAUCCGAGGGUUAUGGCAGCCGCAUGUUGCUCGGCGCCAAGGACGACGUCGUUCUGGACUGGAGGGACUACUUUGAUCACCAUACUUUCCCUCUCUCUCGCCGCAACCCUUCUCGAUGGCCCGUCUCUCCUCCUGACUACAGACAAGUUGUGGCAGAAUAUGGUGAUGAGAUGAAGAAACUUGCUCAGAUGCUAUUGGGGUUCAUAUCACAGAGCCUUGGCCUUCCUUGUUCAUGCAUAGAGGAAGCUGUGGGUGAGAUCUAUCAGAAUAUCACUGUGAGCUAUUACCCUCCUUGCCCUCAGCCUGAGCUCACCCUUGGUCUCCAGUCCCAUUCCGACAUGGGUGCCAUUACUCUCUUGAUUCAAGAUGAUGUUGGAGGCCUCCAGCUUUUCAAGGAUGCCCAGUGGCUCACUGUUCCUCCUAUGUCCCACGCCAUUCUCGUUCUUCUAGCCGAUCAAACUGAGAUCAUAACCAAUGGCAUAUACAAAAGUGCUCAACAUAGAGCCAUAACUAAUGCGAAUCGGGCACGGUUAUCAGUUGCCACCUUUCAUGAUCCCUCCAAGACUGCAAAGAUUGCACCAGCUUCUCACCUCAUUAACCAACUCUCCCCACCGUGUUACAAGGAAGUUGUGUAUGGCGAAUUUGUUUCUUCCUGGUACUCCAAGGGUCCAGAGGGGAAACGAAACCUUGAUGCUCUUCUCUGCUAA